CAAACUUGGCAUAACCAGAGGAACCCCACCAUCUUCAUCUCUUGCUUCAUUUUUAUAUUUUCUCGCCCUUUCCUCUUUCUCUCAUCAUUCCUUCUUCCUUUUCUGCUUCCUCAACCCUCUCUGCAUUUUCAUUUUCUGAUCUUCGCAAUGCAAUUCCCUCCAUUUUCCUAUUUCUUCACUGCCCUUCUUUUCUCCCUCACUCUCACUCUCGCUACACCCGACCUGGAUGCUGCCACGGUUCAGUCCAUUUUGCCACACCCAUCUCCGCCGGCUACUAUCCCUGCUUUUCCUGAGCAAUCCAAUGCUGUCGGCUGCCCUCUCGAUUUCUCCGAUGAGUUCUUUCAAGGGGUAAAGAGCGCGUGCGGAGCUAACAAGCACGACGCCGACGGGGAGUUACACCGUAGCCGGUGCUGCCCUGUGCUGGCGGCGUGGCUGUACUCUGCCUACUCUGCCACUGCGCUCGGCAGGGUCGGGGGGAUGGGCCAAGCAUCGAAGGGUCGCAAUGCUCAUACGACGUCGUAUGACAUGCCGUUGUUGCCGGAUGAUUCGGAGACUUGUGUGAGUGACUUGGGGAAGGCUUUGAGAGUGAAGGGGAUUGAUCUGGUUCAGCCGAAUGAGACUUGUGAUGUGGUGUACUGCUAUUGUGGUAUAAGGCUUCAUCCUUUGAGCUGCCUUGAGGCGUUUUCAGUGAACCCGGACGGGAAAGUUGUGGAGGAUGAGAGUGUGAAAAUGCUAGAGAGAAAUUGCUUGAGCAGUAGCUCCAAUGUCAAUAAAUUGCCAGGUCUCGGUGGGUGCUCUAAAUGCUUGAACAGCCUCUAUAAGCUUAACAAGAAGACUUCAAAUUCAAGCAAAUCACAAGACAGGACCACAAAGAUUCACAACAAAGAUUGCCAGCUUAUGGGCCUAACGUGGCUUCUGGCCAAGAACCGAUCAGCUUAUAUCCAUACAGUCUCUGGGGUUCUGCGUGCGUUUAUGUUGAGCUCAGAUGGAUCUGAUCCAAAAUCCUGCACUCUAAACAGUGAUGGAAUGCCUCUGGCUGUUGAUUCCUCUGAAUUCUCUGAUUCUUCAUCAAUCAGCCUUCACGCCCCCAUCUUUCUUUGCUUCUUGGUUCUCUGUUUGCUUUUACUCAUGCAACUUUCUGUACCAUCCAACUAACUCAGAUCAGAGCAAACAAGAUUAAUGUCAACCAUGACAUUGUGCAGAGUUGAAUCCCUGUUUUUCGUGCUUGAUUUGUUUUUUUGAUAUCUCAGGCGACUUGGAAUUGUAAUCUUUAGUGUUAUGGUGCUUAAUAUUCUUGAGUAGUCUGCCUAUCAUAAGGCUGAGUAUAUCCAUAUAUAUAUUUAUAUACAUAUGUGUAGAAUCUGCAGAAUAAGACUGCACUAUCUAGGAAAUAGGUAAUUAUUACUUACAACAGGUCAGGCUUGAUACAAAAUUGAUUUAUUUAUUCAGUUGAAUUGUGUUGGGACCA